UAUGGUUUCAUAAAGGGGAUUUGGGGUUGGGUAUAGCACUGACAACGCCCACCUUCCUGAGUAGGCCUACGUGGACUGAGGACGAUUGCUAGUUUUGCAGUGCAGCACGGAAAGUCAUGGCGGAGACAGAGCAGAUACCCUUCGUGAAAGAAUGCCUCCUCACUUUCUUUAUGCCAGAAAAGUGUUACGACGAGUUUUUUCUUCACUUCAACUUCGCUCACGUGCCAUGUUUGAGGAUCGCCCUGAGCAAAGUCAUGGGGCUUUGGAUCAUGGUUGGAACUGUUCUUGCUCAGCUGCCCCAGAUCUGGACGAUUGUGAGGGCAGGGAGUGCUGAGGGACUGAGUCUGGCCUCCGCUCUUCUCAGUCUCUAUUCCAUCUCUGGCUAUUUAGCAUACUGUAUAGCCCAAGGCUUUCCUAUUGGAGCCUGGGGAGAGAGCCUGUUUAUUGUAACCCAGGUCAUGCUCCUCAAUUUCCUCAUUCUUCACUAUAAUGGACGAACUGGGAGAGGGUUGCUGUUCGUUGUGGUAUAUUGUACCCUUAUGUAUCUCCUGACCUCACCAUUGACCCCCAGGAAAGCCAUCUCUCUGAUGUGGGAGUCCGGUGCACUAGCUGUCAUAGCAAGCAGGCUCAUCCAGAUAGGCUGUAAUUACCUGGGCAAACACACAGGCCAGCUCUCGGCCGUGUCCCUCUUCCUGGUCUUCGUUGGGUCCCUGGGACGCAUAUUUGUCUCUCUUCAGGAAACAGGACACUCGCUCUCUACUCUGACCCAUACUCUGGCAUGUUUAUGCAGUGCAGUCUUGGUGGCACAGAUGUUUCAUUACCGGAAUGCCUCCCGCCCUGGAAAAGAGAAAGCUGAGUAGAUGUUACUGGUAACUCCAUGAUGGCAGAAGUCACUCAACCCUCAUACCUCAGUCCAACCCAAACACUGCUAUUACUGCAUUCCAAAGGACUUUCCCAGUAGCAGUGUUACUAUGGCAUUACUUGUUGCGGUCAAAGCCAUGAAAAAGAAUGUGAAUCUGCACUUUUAUUCAGACCCACCCUCCAUGUGAAAAUUCCAGACAACGUCAGCAGUCCAGUGUUAUUUAUGAUAAAAAUGAUUAGAAAGGAAGAGUUCCGUAAUUUUAACGCAGAUUAAAUUGCGUCUACUCAGGGAUGAUCUAGUCUUUGACUGGAAAAACAGUAGGUUUGUAGGUGUAAAAGUGUUAAAAGAAAAGAAAGGGUUACUGGUGGAUAUUCAUACGUAAAACUCAAGGAAAACUACGUUCUGUUUUGAUAAUCAUGAAAAAAAAAUACAUUAGCAGACAGGACAUACCACUGCAUGUUCUUCUCUUAACCAACCCCUAGAGGGCAGUAGUGGUUCAUCAUAUGAUGAACCCACAUCUUGAAAAGUUCAUUAGCAGAGAAAUGUGUUUUUGUCAGGAGCGUGUUGUAUGUCUCAAUUUUUGUGUGCCGAGUCUGUGGCUUUGUUAGAGCCUGUCUUUUUCACUUCCAUGUCUUAAGAAUGACUAGCAAUGCAUGGGACCAGCGCUAAAUACUCUUCAAUGUAUUGAGUCUUCUAUGUGGCCUUCAGUCCACUUGUCUGUUUCAUCAUGCCUUAAGAUUUUGUAUUUGUAAUAUUUGUAUGACAUUAUAUAGUUUACAAAAUUGUCCCUUUCUCCUAUCAAAGGCUGUUUUACUGAGAAAUGCAAAUAAAUGUAAUGUAAAAGUUGAUCGAA